AUGGCUAAAAUCAACGAAUUGAAGUUCGAAUUAUUCCCCCAACCAGCAUAUUUACCAGAUUUAGCCUCCAGCGACUAUCAUUUGUUUCCUAACCUUAAAAAAUGGCUUGGAGGUAAAAAAUUAGAGAGCAACGAGGAAGUCAUCAAUGCUGUAAAUGAGGAUUUUGAGGAACUUGACAUAUCGGACUAUAAAAAUGCGUGCUGGAACACGAGAAACAACGUCGACGACGGACGGAUAAGACUCGAUAGAAAACUGGCGGGCAAGUUUGGCGACUAUAGUUGCAACUCGCCUUGGGCUUUGAUCGAAUCGGCGGCACGAGCAAUGAGAUCGAAACAUAGCGAAGGGAUAGAAUUUGUCUUGUGGACCGGUGAUGCGUUGACGCGCACUGCUGACAUGAGCAUUGAGCAACGUCUGCAGUAUUUGCGGAACUUGACCGAUUUGUUGCAUCGUACGUUCAAAGGACAAUUCGUGUUCCCCGCGCUCGGCCACGAAGAUAUCAGCGUUAACUACACGCAGCUCGCAACUCUGUGGCAGAACUGGUUACCGCCAGAGGCGGUAGACACUUUUGUCAAAGGUACUACUUAUCAGUUUUCUUUAUAAAA